CAAUCAAAGAUCAUCCAAGGUCUAUUUAGGCCCAAAAUUAUACCCGAUGCUCAAAUAGUUUUGUGUAUAAAUUCUUGACCGAUUUCGAAAUCAAAUCAUUCUGUUUUCUUUAUUCGAAGUAAGAAAAUAUACAAACCUUUUGACAUCAUGAAAGUCCUUGUUUGCUUUUUCGCUGUUUUGGCUGUUGCAAGUGCUGGUCUCAUUUCCACUGGUGGAUUAUAUAGCACUGGAGGAAUCAUCUCUUCACCAGCAGUAACAGUAGUUCAAUCCGCUCCAGCUGUUCAUCAAACAGUCCACCAAACAGUUCAUGUUGUCAAGCAACCUGUAGUCCAUACUGUUUCAUAUUCAGCUCCUGCACAAAUCUACCAACCUGCUCACAUCAUCCAUUCUGCUCCAGUCGUUUCUACUUCAGUAGUUUCUUCUCCAGUUGUGUCCACAUCCUACAGUCAUAAUUACAGAUAUGCAAGCAGUUACGGACUUGGUGGUGUUAAAGUUCUUAACGCUGGAUUUUUGAAACAUAAAUAAAUAUUUAGAUCAUAAA